AUGGCUGCGGUCGGGCUUUUUGCACCACGUCUGUUGAUACAGCUCAAGCGACUCAACCAUCGUGAUCAGGGCCAGGUGGAUAAGGUCUAUCCUCAACCGGACGCGCCUUUGACGCCAUCGCAUAAGCCGGCUUUUAAGCUCGAUGAGCUUAUCUGUUCGCUUCACGUGAAAUACGGCUUCUUCUGGCGCCUUAAGGUGCGUUUUUUUAUCGUCUUCGGCGAGCCUGAACAGAUUACCGCCAUCGCCCCCAGCCUGACCCAGGACCACUGGCUGGAAGGACAAAACACCGUCCUGUUGUGGGGCGGCAGCGUGCAUACCAAACUGGAUGAGUCAUUGCUGGCGCAGUGGCGUGCACUGAGCCGCUGGCGCGCCCUGGACGGUGUCGUCUGGGCGCUCAGCAGCGAUCAAAGCGCUGACGAUGCUGCGAUGGCCGCCGGUGUUCGCUACUUGCGGUACCUGUCCGCUGGGCUGCGCUGGCAACUCCCGCUCCAUCUUUGGCAGGUCUGCGACAGCCAAUGGCCGCAAGCCAAACGUCAGGUCGACGCCGUCGGCUGUCGGCUGCCGCAAAAACUCACCGCCGACGCCCUCGAAACCCGUCUCGCCGCCCUCAUCGAGCCCCUGCGCAACGCCGGCUGGGCCCAGAUGAAAAUCAACAACGCCCACGACUUCCUCCUGCGUCUGGCCCGCGAUCUGGGGGCCGAAGGCAUUCCCCGCUGGUGUCAGGCGCUCGCACCGUUAUUCGGUCAGUUCGCCCGCGGCGUGCCCUGCGUGGCUUGUGGUUCAGUCUGCCGCCGCGUCGGCUGGAGCACCCCGCGUAUCGGUUACGCCCUGGCCAUGAGCCUGGCGCUGGUGUGGGCCGCCGGCCUGCUGCUGUCCUACGCCAGCAACCGGGCCCUGAUCAGCCACGUGCAAACCUCGCUGACUGCGUUGCAGCACUCCAGACAAGGCGACGAACAGUUCCAGGCCUUGCACGAGCUGACCCGCGAACUCGGGCGGCUGGACUACCGCGCCGAACACGGUAGGCCCUGGCACCAACGUUUCGGCCUGAACCAGAACCAGGCCCUGCUCGACACCCUGUGGCCGCGCUAUGUCGACGCCAACCACCGCCUGAUGCGCGAUCCGGCUGCGGCUAACCUGCAACGCCAACUCAUGGCUUUGAUCCAGCUUGCGCCGGACAGCCCCGAGCGCGCCAGCGAGGCCCGGGUUGCCUACGGGCAACUCAAGGCCUACCUGAUGCUGGCGCAUCCGGAAAAACCGACGCCGAAUUCCUCGCUAAAACCCUCAAUGACGCCGAACCGUUGCGCUCCGGCCGAGCAACUGUCCGCGCAUCCCGAGUGGCGCAUCCCGGCCGACCCGAAGCUGAUCGCCCAGGCCCGGCAAGUUCUCCUCGGCCAACUCGGCCAGCGCAAUGCCGAAGCCAGCCUGUACCAACAAGUGCUCGACGCCUCCAUCAAUCACUCACCCGCCCUGGAGCUGCGCCAAAUGGUCGGUGCCACCGACGCCCAGGCGUUGUUUUCCAGCGAUGCCCGCGUACCCGGGGUGUUCACCCGACAAGCCUGGGAGGGCCAGGUGAGCCGGGCCAUUGACGACAUUGCCGAAGCCCGUCGCGAACAAAUCGACUGGGUUCUCAGCGACCAGCUCAGUGAUAUCGCCAGCGACCUGACGCCGGCCAUGCUGAAAAAACGCCUCACCGAGCGUUACUUCGAUGACUACGCCAGCGCCUGGCUGGACUUCCUCAACAGCCUGCGCUGGCAUCCUCAGACAGCCUGCCCGAUGUCAUCGACCAAU